GUAAUUGAAAUAAAUUUUGAUACUGGAACUGACGCGUUUAAAAAAUUAAAGCAGCCAAACAGUCAAACGCGAUAUCAAAACAAAAAUAUUUAAACCAUUUUAAAUUGCAACUGAUUAGAACCAUCUAAAGACAUAUAUAUCAAGGAUGACUCAGGAUAUAGAACCACCAAGGCCACAAGUGGUACUAAACACGUUUGAUACCCAAUCACAAACUCCAGCUCAAAAAUGGAAACCUUCUUCUGCAGAUAUGCAACAUUACUAUGAAAGAUUAUUACCUUUCCGUUAUAUAUUUCAAUGGUUAAGUCAUUCACCAAAGGCAACUAAGGAUUUCACCAUGAGAGAAUUUGCUUAUGAACAUCGAUCUGGGGCUUAUCAACGUUAUAAUUCGUAUGAAAGUCAAGAAGACUUUAAGAAAUCCGUGGUUAGUGCUAAUCCAACUCGUUUUGAAGUGGGGGCUGUUUAUACUGUUAAUCCUAAGGAAAGACGAAAUUUACCUAAGAAUGCCUUGAAACCAAUAUCUAAAGAACUUGUAUUUGAUAUUGAUUUAACUGAUUAUGAUGAUAUUAGAACUUGUUGUCAAGGUACUGAUAUUUGUAUGAAAUGUUGGAAAUUUAUAAGAGUUGGAUCAAAAAUUAUUGAAUCAGCUUUAAAAGAAGAUUUUGGGUUUAAACAUUUAGUAUGGGUUUUUUCAGGUAGAAGAGGGGCCCAUUGUUGGAUUAGUGAUGCAAGAGCUCGUAAUUUAGAUGAAGGGACUAGAAAAGCUAUAGUUGAAUAUAUGGAUGUUUUAUCAAGUAUGCAAGGUAAAUUUAAAAAAUUAAAGAAACCAUAUCAUCCUCAUGUUGAAAGAUCAUUUAAUUUCUUAAAGGAAGAAUUCAUCGAUAUAGUCUUACAAGAUCAAGAACCUUGGCUUACUAGUGCAAGUACUCCAAGUGAUGCUAAAGCUUGGACUCAAAUUGAUGAACUUUUAUCAUUUAUACCUGAAAAAUCAUUACAAAGUGAAUUACGUAAUAAAUGGAAAGAUCAAAAAUCAUUAUCAACUUCAAAAUCAAAAUGGGAAGAUAUUAAUGAUGUUGCUAAAAGAGUAUUAAAAUCUCAACUUCAAGUGACUUUAUUAAAUGAAGCUAAAAAGGAUAUCAUUAUAUAUUACAUGUAUCCAAGAUUAGAUGUUGAAGUGUCCAGACAAGUUAUCCAUUUAUUGAAAUCUCCAUUUUGUAUUCAUCCAGGUACUGGGAAUGUAUGUGUACCUUUCGAUCCUACUAGAAAUAUAUCUAAUAAUCCUGAAGAUGAUGAUUAUGGUUUCAAUCCCACCACAUCUCCAAAUUUGAAACAAAUACAGGAUGAACUUGAAUCAUGGGAAAGAUCCAAAUCGAAAGAUUCAGAUGAACCUCAAGAUGAAUCUAAACGUUUAGCAGAUUAUGAUAAAACCAGUUUGAAACCUUAUGUGGAUCAUUUUGCCAAAUUCGUUAAUGAUUUAAUCAAAGAUGAAUUACGAGCUAAAAGAGAAAGAGAAGAUGAUUCUCUUGAUUUUUAAUAGAUAUGAUACAUAUAUGAAAUUCUAUAAGA